UACACGUUCUUGUGAUUACUCAGAACUAAUAAAACCUACUAAGAUCAUUAGCUAGUUACGGACAACAUUAGCACGGGAGAUAGAUUAGCAAUUAGAAACUCAAAGUCAGCUAGCAACUUGAAGACAAGUGAUUUAAAAUCAGAGAUUCCAAGAGCAACCAAUACAAGUUCUGGAGUGGCUUGUACUGAGAGACAGAAAGGUGAAGAGAGCGAACAGAUCAGCAUGGCACAAAGAAGCCCUCAAACAGAACGAGUGUUGGUCCAUCCUAUCAAUGUAGGACAAGGAGAUGCAAUAUUACUGGAGAUAUGGAGUACAGAUGGACAAAGUGAGAAACAUCUUAUCGAUGGCGGCUGUGGGCAAAAAGGAGAGAAAAAAUACUACUACGAGAAUCUCAAAAGAACUCUCGGGGCUCAUAAAUGCUUGGAACAAAAGCAAGUUAGAAUGGGCUCCAUUAUCGUCACACACCCCGACCGAGACCAUUACGGUGGCAUUAACCGAUUGCUACAAGACUUCACUAUCACGGCUCCCAUUACAACAACUCUGGCAAGUUGUUUAGAAGUCAAUGGUUCAGACACACAACUAGGUGAAGUGUUCCUGUUGGAUAAAAGACAUCAAAUUAGGCACUACUUCCCGUUAACUGGAGAAGGAGAGAAUGGUAGACGACAUACGAACAUCGAAACAUUAUCCUCCAAAGGUUCGACGGUAGAAGUAGCCAAGAACGAAGAAAUAACAUUCGAAAAAAAGCUAAAAAAAAAAAAGUGCAAGGCAAAAAAGCACAAGGCAAAAAAGCAGAAGGCAAAAAAGCGGAAGGCAAAAAAGCGCAAGGCAAAAAAGCGCAAGGCAAAAAAGCGCAAGGCAAAACGGCUCAACUUCAAUGCAACAAGUAUUCUGACAACUGUGAGUUUACAACUGAGUACAUGUCAGUAUGAUUAUGACGUGGUGUUGACCGGAGACUCGUAUUGUACUAUUAUCGAGAAGAAACUGGAACUGGCUUUAAAAGGUAAAUCCGUGGGAGUAUUUCAAGUGCCUCAUCAUGGAAGUAGCUACAAUCUCGAUAACAAAAAAACCACCAGAUCAACAGCUCAGGAGUUCACAGGUUUUUACUCGAGUUUCAAUGCAUACAUCUACUUAAUCAGUCACGGCGAUCACAAAAAAUACAAUCAUCCGCAUAGUGAAGUUAUCACAGGCAUUCUCUCAGCUGCUGUCCAGAAGAAACGAUAUCCUAAGUGCAAGAUAGUAGUCACGGCAACAUGGUUUGAAAAAUCUAAAAUUGACGAAACAAACAUUAGCAACUGGAGGGAUUAUGUUGAUAUCUUCUACUUCAAGCAAGGCACUUCCUACGUCACCCUGGAUCCUAACAAUGAAGAACCGCUUGAGGGCUUACAUCAGCUAAUGGCGCCAGCAGAUACCACAAAUACUUCGGACUCAAUGCCAUGUGGUGAUGCUACAGACACUCCUACCAAGAGCCGUAAACCUACACUCUUAUCAAAUGAAAUACCUAGAAGACAUAUUGAGUUUGACAGUAGUGCUGACACCAAGAAUACCAGCGCACAAAACGAGGAACUAUGUCGCCAGUGCGGGAAACCAGAAGCACUAGAGAAUAAAUGGUACGACUGUACGAACGAUAGCUGUCCAGUCAAAACACAUUUCAAUUGUGAAAUAAAGUCAAGAAGAACGUUUGAGAAGAAAUAUAAAAAAUGCAGAUAUUGCAGGACUUGCAAAGAAUGUAAUACGACAAUGGAAAAACCACAUGCCGUGUGUCAAGUCUGUGGGGGUGCUGCCGACUUCGAUUGUAUCAGAAAACUUCGCAGACAAACAGUUGAUAGAUACACAUGUAGGAUAUGUAGAAACAAAAGCAAGUAGUGCAAUAAUAAGUAGAGUGAACAUCUAAUCACACAUUAUACAUUUUAUGUA